AAGAAAUGGUCGCCAGGGGAUCAGCUGAUGGGCUCGUACGAAUAGUGGGCGGAGCUUCGCAGAUAGAGAGACCCGUAGUAGAUGGGUCUCGCGUAUAGUUUUUUCAUUUGUAGACGGCGCUGUCGAGCCGGCCGGUCGAGUGUUUCAACCGUGUCCUGUCAUCGACCGAUGUCUUGGUGUUGUAACAAAAGAAAGGCAAUUCUCUUUUCAUUUUUAGUGUCUAGAUAAUUUGAAAGAUAAAUUAUCUUAUCUCAGAUUUGCAUUAGUUAACGGAAGCUACGUCGAUUAUUGUUUGUACUUUGCCCAAAAAGUUCUCUUUCGCGAUACUUUCCUUUGUUCGUCUGUGUUUGUCAUGGAGCUGCUGACGUGACUUUCGACUCAACUGAUUUAGAUUGUUGUAAACAUUUCGUGGCUUGUUAAUCGAACAGAAUAUUUUGCGUGGUGUGUCGUUACCAGUUUUCUUGUUUGCUAUUGAAUAAUGUUGAGUGUUCGCCAUCUCACACUGAAACUACGAUCGCAGUCUCUGAACGAAGAAUCCAACAACUUCAACAGCACAGACAAGCCGGAGCUUGAUCGGGACUCGGGGACUGAAUCGGACGACGAACUCGGACCCAGUGACUAUCAUCAAACAACUGCGUCCUCCAUCGGUUACAACAUGGAACGAGAAGAUUUGGAGAAUUCGAGUGGCCCACAGAGACGUGGAUUUUCGAGUAUUCGGGAGAGGACUCGCUCUGAAAGUGGGAAGGAAAAUUCAAUACGAUCGUUGGUACCUCGGCAACGCCGCAGCGAAAGGGCAUUACUGCGCGAGAGGUGCACUGAAGCCGUUAUGGCCACUACAUUAGCGGCUGUAGCGGCUCUGUCGGCUGGAGAUGAUGCACCUUCGUCGAUGGAUCGCCGAUCGACCGAUAGUCCCGUCGAAUUUUGCGUUACGGAUUCUGCGCUUCCAUCGGAUUCAGAUCACGGACCUUGGGGCGAUCAACAUAGUUCUGAGGAGGAACUCGAAUGCAUCAAUGGUGCCGAGGAAGAAUCGACGACUCACGAUUUACUCACGACACCGCAGGCAACUUCUGGAACGGCUUUACGAUUUGGACCCAGUGCCUUUGGUCCACCUCGUUUCUGCCCAAAUCAGCACAAUCAACAACAUCCUGCCCGCCCUGGAAAAGUUGCUUCUCUCCAGGGUCCAGAGAAGCGAAAGUGGGGCCAAGUGAAUCAUCGUCGAACGCCCAACGGCUCCGUCAGUGAUCGAAUGAAAACCCGUCCGCGAUCAGCUGUUUUAUUGCAUCAUACGACCGGUUCGGAAGUGAUUGGAUGCCUGGAGCCUGAACGGAGCAUUAGCAGUGUAACAUUUGACUGUUCGGCUUCAUCAGAUGAUGAAGUUCAAUCAUUGGUUGGAGCUCAAGAUUCUCCUUUGCCGCUCGAGUUCCGCACCUCGCCACCGGAGGGUGCUCACCGACCGACACGCUCUCUCUCUCCGCCGCCGAAAUUCUUCCUAGCCGAUUGCCGACAAGAUCUAGCCGCUCCCAGCGCAGCAGCAGCCAUGUCGACGCCGGCACAACACGCUGAACCACCGGCUGCUUUGUCCGUCGCCAACGGCAACAAUAUCGCAUCGCCCCGCAAGCGCCAUCGUCACGCCCAUCGCUCUCACCACCAAAUUCAGCGUCCUUGCCUCGAUUUCGAAAAGAUGCAGCAGAUGAAGAACCGAUCCGUAUCGACCUGGCGUCACGACGGCGAACUCUCCCUCUUCUGCUGGUGAAACCUAAACAAAUUAUGGCAUUGGGAAA